AAGAUGGAAAAAAUAAUCAUAACAGCACCUCUGGCAAUGUUUGUACCUACCCUGGAACUGGGAGCACACUCGCAUUUCAGCAUUCUGACACACCUCUCCGUUUGCUUUGGGAGGAGUCAUACAGGCUGCUUUCAUCCAUUUAACUUCAUACAGACUCCAAAGAAAAGAUUACCGCAACACUGCGAGAUGCACUGCUGUGGGGACUUGGUCAGCUUUCUCAGCUGUGGGAUGAUUCUGACAGGACUCUGGCACUUGGUCCAUCUCAGGAAGACGCAGACCUCUUAUGGGCGCCACAUGAGACUCUCUCCUCCGGUGAGGACGGUCCCAGCCAGACUAGCCUGGUUCCUCCAGGAGAUGCCAGCUCUCCUGAUCCCCCUGCUUUUAAUGCUCACCUCACACAAACCAUCCAGUAUGGGGAAGUACCUGCUGCUUGGGACCUUCUGCAUCCACUACUUUCAAAGGACAUUUGUCUAUUCACCGCUGACCAGAGGAAAGCCUUUCCCACUGGGCGUGAUGGUGGCAGCAGGUUUAUUCUGCUCUGUGAAUGGUUUCCUGCAGGGACACUACCUGCUGCACUGUGCCCAGUUUGAGGAUGAAUGGACAGCUGACUAUCGCUAUAAAACUGGUUUACUGCUGUUUUGCAUCGGAAUGGCCAUCAAUAUACAUAGUGACUAUAUUCUACGCAAUUUAAGGAAACCAGGGGAAGUAGUUUACAAGAUUCCCACAGGAGGUCUGUUUGAAUACGUGUCUGCUGCCAACUACUUAGGAGAGAUUGUGGAAUGGUUUGGAUACGCUGUGGCCACCUGGUCUCUGCCAGCACUCUCGUUCGCUUUGUUCAGCCUGUGUUUUAUUGGACCAAGAGCCUAUUACCAUCACAGGUUUUACCAAGAGAAAUUCAAAGACUAUCCAAAGUUACGAAAGGCUUUGAUUCCGUUCAUCUUCUGAGAGAAAGAAGAACCUGGCUGUCAUCUUGUAAGACAAUAAAUGAGGCAACAGCUGAAGACAAGCCCCCUAUUGUUGUAUUUUAAACAGAAAUUACACUCAUAUUACUGAACAAGAAUCGGUUUAGAUCUCAUUACACUAAAUGUCAU